AUGGACAUCGCUACCGUGUUAGAGCACAUCGGCGAUUUCGGCAAGUAUCAGCUGUACGUCCAACUGCUCACGUGUCUGCCACCGGCCCUCUGCGGUGCCCAUCAGCUUGCGCACGUAUUUCUGGCGGCGACGCCGGAACACAGGUGUUACAUUGAAGGAUGUGACAACAAUAAGACAAGAUUCCACGAACCUUGGGCAAGUUUUGCGAUACCGGAAGGGUCCCCAAGCGAUGUGCAGUGCUUCAAGCACUCCCGAGUCAGCCCGACCAAUAGCACCUGCCUUGCUGCAGACUUCUCCAACAUAUCGCGAGAGUGUGAUCGAUGGAUCUACGCCACGACGGAGUUUGAAGAGACGAUAGUGACCGAGUUCAACGUAGUUUGCAAGGAUGAGUGGCUAGUCAGCUUUUCCCAGUCACUGUUUAUGUUGGGAGUCAUGGUCUCCGCCGUGGUGUUUGGACACAUAUCAGAUCGGUACGGCCGAAGAAUCUCUUUCCUAGUCGUUCCUCCCAUCUUCCUCAUAUCCGCAUGGGCCACCGUGUUCACCAGUAGUUACGCUGCAUUCACGUCAGCUCGCUUCAUCACUGCCAUCGCCUCAAGCGCCCUGUUUCAGACGUCUUUCGUCUUGGCGAUUGAACUGAUUGGUCCAUCCCAUCGGCUUUUAAGCAUGCUGAUUUACCAGAUGGCAUUCCCGCUGGGAGAGUGCUUCCUUGCCAUAUCGGCAUACUACCUACGCACCUGGAGGACUCUGGAGAUUGCACUAUCCAUUCCAGUCUUUCUGCUCCUGCCCUACUACUGGCUCCUUCCAGAGAGCUUUGCAUGGUGCCUGUAUAACAGCAAGCAUACACAGGCUCUAGAUAUCAUAAAUAAGGCGGCCAGAUGGAAUGGGAAACCUCCAGUACCAGACAUGUUGUACAGCCACGGCUGCAAAGAAGGGUGCGAGCAGUCCUGCGGCCGGGCUUGCCGUCGCAUCUCUCAGGAGAGCUCCUCUUCGUCUUUGAACAACCUGUUCAAGUCGUCUUGCCUUUGUUGUCGAACCCUCAACGUGAGCUUCAACUGGCUGGUGAAUGCGAUGGUUUACUACGGGCUGAGUCUCAGCGCUGAAGAUUUGGCAGGGAGCACUUACAAAAAUUUCAUCUUCCUGGCACUCAUUGAGUUUCCUGGCGUCGUCCUGUCCGUGCUGGCACUGCGCUUUUUUGGCCGUCGCUACGUCCUCUCCUUCUACCUCAUUGUUGCCGGGAUUUUCUGCGCCAUCGUCCCCAUUGUUCCCGACGAUAUACAGUGGCUGACCACGACCUUGGUGAUUAUAGGAAAAUGCAGCAUCACUGCUUCGUUUGCGGUCAUCUAUCUCUACUCUGCCGAAGUGUUUCCAACAUCGCACCGCAACACUGGCAUCGGCAUUGGGAGCAUGAGUGCACGUCUGGGCACAAUUGCAGCACCAUUUGUAGCAUCAGACCUCGGAAGGCUGCACCCCAUCAUGCCCAUGAUUGUCUUUGGGAGCAUGUCUCUGCUGGCUGGCGUCCUCACCCUCACACUACCAGAGACAAGGGGCCAGAGGUUGCCACAAACAAUAGAGGAAGCGGAGAGCCUUGGAACACCUGCUUACACAAGCAUGGAAGAAGAAAGGGCCUGCCUCAUCAGCGGCUCUUCCAGCUACGAGGGAUGAUGCCUUCAUCGCCCAUUGUUCUAUAGACAUAUCUCAAUCCUUUUUUCCCCUCAAAACCGCUAGUUGCCGUUUUGUUUCAAAGGAGAGAUCUCUCGUACGCUUUACUUCAUUUAAUAGCCACUUAUAUUGACAAAUGGAGUUCCCACAAAAGAACCACUUUGCUACAAUCUUAUUUUUUUGUCAUAUUGGGAUUAUUUUUUCCAUGUCUCCAUACUCUUUAUAUUGUCUCAUUCAACGACAGUCAUACUGCGACUAACCCAU